AUGCGACAACUGCUGUUCGUUGGCGCCUUCUUGCACGAACUCAUUUCGGGAUUGAUCAAACAAUUGCUUCCGUUUCAUGUUCAUGUCCAUUAUGUGCUCUUUAGCACAAUUAUUUAUCACAAGUUGAUCAUUGCCACUGUUGGAUAUCAAAUGGGUUUGUCAUGGAUACAAUUACUGGUUCAUGAUUGGUCGAAAUUUACACCAAGCGAAUGGCGUGGAUAUUUCAAGAAAACAAAAAAGCUUCUUCAAGCUCAAAUGAAUUUUAAUUCCAAAAUGAUGACAAAAGAACAGGUUAACAACCAAGAUGAUCACCAAGAAGAAGAAUAUGGAUUCCUGUAUCAUCAAAACAGAAAUCCACACCAUUUGGAGUAUUGGAUUAGUGUGGAUACUUCGACUGGAAAAGUCAAACCUAUGAAAAUGCCACUCAAAUAUGUCACAGAGUUGAUUGUUGAUUGGGUAGCAGCGAAUUUAGCUUACCCGAGCGGUAAUCACUCAUCGACUCCAUCCUUAAUGAAAAUAAUGGGGCCAACCAGUCAAGAACAAAACCCAAGUUUGUUAAAUCAAACACGACAAAUGAAGUUUUUAGAAACAUUCAGUGACCUCAUUCAUCCAGAAACAAAACAGAAUAUUCAUGAAGAAAUAGUGAGAUUGUCUCGUGUGUUUAGGUUUGAAUUGGAGCCAACAUUUGUGAAUUUUCUGGAGAAUGAAUUUAUAGUGGCUUAA